AUGAGACGAGGAAAGAUUGAGGAAGGGAAAGCAACACUGAGAAUGGAGCAGGAUAUGCAAAAUGAUAAUUGCAAUAUGUAUGACCUUAUUGCCUAUCGUAUAAAGGCAAGUGAAAAACAAACAUUAUCUUGUUGCAGAUUCACACCUCAUCCUCAUGCUGGUGACAAAUGGUGCAUCUAUCCGAGCUAUGAUUUUGCUCACUGCACUGUUGACUCUCUCGAGAAUAUAACUCAUUCGCUCUGUACUCUUGAGUUCGAAACCCGGCGGGCUUCAUAUUACUGGUUAUUACAUUCCCUGGGUCUCUACAUGCCGUAUGUGUGGGAGUAUUCACGGUUAAAUAUCGCAAACACUGUAAUGUCCAAGCGUAAGUUGAAUUACAUUGUGACAAACAAUCAUGUUGAUGGUUGGGAUGAUCCACGUCUGUUGACACUUGCUGGUCUGAGACGGAGGGGUGUGACUCCUACUGCGAUCAAUGCUUUUGUACGAGGAAUUGGAAUCACCAGAAGUGAUGGUAGCAUGAUACAUGUAAGUCGACUUGAGCAUCAUAUCAGAGAAGAGUUGAAUAAAACGGCUCCCCGCACUAUGGUGGUACUUAACCCACUCAAGGUGAUCAUAACCAAUUUGGAAUCAGACAAGGUUUUGGAGCUUGAUGGCAAAAGGUGGCCUGAUGCUCAGAACGAUGACCCCUCUGCAUUCUCCAAGGUUCCCUUCUCUAGAGUUGUAUACAUUGAUCAGUCUGACUUCCGGAUGAAGGAUUCAAAAGAUUACUAUGGGUUUGUCCCUGGUAAAUCUGUCUUGCUAAGAUAUGGUUUCCCAAUCAAGUGCACCAACGUUGUCUUUGCUGAUGACAAUGAAACCAUUCGUGAGAUUCAUGCAGAGUAUGACCCUGAGAAAAAGACAAAACCAAAGGGUGUUCUACACUGGGUUGCUGAAUCUUCCCCAGGAAAAGAGCCCAUAAAGGUUGAAGUUUGGUUAUUUGAGAAACUCUUCAACUCCAAGAAUCCGGCUGAACUCAAUGACGAUUGGCUUUCUCACAUUAACCCAAACUCCAAAGUCGUGGUUUCUGAUGCAUAUGCUGUCUCAAUCCUUAAAGAUGCUGUGGUCGGGGACAGAUUCCAGUUCGAAAGGCUAGGUUAUUUUGCGGUGGACAAGGACUCUGAGCCUGGGAAGCUUGUCUUUAACAGGACGGUCACACUCAGAGACAGUUAUGGGAAAGGUGGGAAGUAA